AUGCAGAAUUUUGAUCGAAUCAGGAAGCGGCCGAUGGCAGCGGAGCCGAGUCCAGCAAACAAGGGGGAUAGUGGACUAAGCGACUAUAGAACCAGCAGCACGACUUGGAUUGAUCCCUCCAAAGACUUGAGUGCAGCUGGUAAGGUGUGCAUGAAGAUUCGAGGAUGUGCCAAGCUCAUAACGGGAAUCGUAGAUUUUGAACGGCUUGCCACGUCAGAGCUCCAGCUGGUGAAAUACGAAGUGGGCCAGGAGUAUAAGGCUCACUAUGACGGUCGCAUGCUGCCAGACGGCACGCUUGAAGCUCGUGGGACGUUCCUUGUGUACCUGAAUGAUGGCUUCGAGGGUGGGGAGACGUACUUUCCAAACGUAGGCAUCAAGGCUGUGGCCAUCUGGGAGAAGCGCGGUACGCUGCUGCGGAUGAAGGAUUAUGCACCGAUCCGUGCAUCUGCUGAGUACCCUACGAUCGCUGAAAUCUUUUGCCUUUGGAGGAAACGGGCUGCAGAGGUGCAGGAGCAGCGUCGUGCUCUGUUCUUCUCCCCAACUCACUAUCCCACUGUCGAGGAGGCGGUCUCGUGGAGCACAUCUUAUGCGGACCAGGAAGAGCAGCAAUCGGAAGCAGAGGUCGUAGAGGAGGUGGACUCGUGGAGCACGUCUUAUGCGGACCAGGAAGAGCAGCAAUCGGAAGCAGAGGUCGUAGAGGAGGUGGACUCGUGGAGCACGUCUUAUGCGGACCAGGAAGAGCAGCUAGCUGAAGCAAAGGUCGUAGAGUUGGUGCUCCCGCUGCUUGAUGCUUCAGAGGGCGAGGGCUCGGGGGAUGAUUUCGAUCUGAGCAGCAGUGACGCCAGGAUCUUCGGAGUGAAGGCAGUUCUGGUGGAGAAAAUGCUGGUGAUUGCGUCUGGCGUGAGAGGUGGAGAUAAGGCAGAGCCGUCAAGUGCAUUGGCUGCUCCUGGUGAAGGUUUUAAGAAGGUGUCAGGAGCAGCGGCACAGGACAAAAAGCAGAAGGAACAGGUGGAGCUCUCAGUGAAGGCUCAGCAGCACUGA